AUGUACAACGGGAUCGGGCUGCAGACCCCAAGAGGUUCGGGUACCAAUGGUUAUAUCCAGACGAACAAAUUUUUCGUCAGGCCCCGUCCCGGAGGGACGGCCGUCGCUUCGGGCAUCCCCCGCCCCGGCAGGGAGGGACCCGAGGAUGGGAUUGGUGGCGGCAUCAAGAAGGCCAACAAAGAUAUAAUCGAUCACGACCGAAAGCGCCGGAUCCAACUCCGCCUGCUCGUCCUCGAGGAGACCCUCGUCGACCAGGGUUACACUGCGUCAGAGAUUGCCGAGCGGCUUGCUGAAGCCAAGGAGACCUACGAAGCUGAGGCCUCUGCUGCAGCCACUGGCGGCAGAGACUCGACCGACGGCAAAAGGUUGGAUUUGUCAUAAUUUUUUGUGUUUCAUCUUGAAAAUCAUUAUAUGUUCUUUAUCUUGUUUCUCGUCGUCAAGGAUAGAGAUGAAAAAUUGGGUACAGUACCAAUUAGGGGAAGAACUGUCGUACAUAUAUUUUUAGAAAGUUGCAGAACUCUCUUUUACCGUUUGCAUGAUCUCAUAGAAUCUUGUCGUUGAAGCACUAUAAAUAGUAAGGAGAUGCGGAAAUCGUCACAGGUUGCUAUAAUCUCUCUGGGAAGGGAGUAUAACAAGUUUUUUUUGCAAUUGGGAAUGCUCACGGUGGCGAUUGGGUAGUAGACGAGUGAAUUGCUUCACGGACACGUUAGAAAGUAAAGGUAAAAUAUUGAAGAAUACCUGCUUCUAAAAGCAUUCUACCGAUCUAAGCCCUUAUCUCGAUCUCUGCUCUAGUUCUGACCCAGUUUUAUACACCGGACAAUGUCAUAUACCUCGUCAGCGGAAUGCCAAGCAGCUAACUGCCAAUAAGGCGGAAUGUCAUAUCUCCUUGUGCAAAAGCUCUCACAGAAAGAGACCUGUUUGGAAAUUGGGUAAGAAAUGGUUUGAGGAAUGAGAUAUAUGAUUCAGUCUAGACGUUUGAAAGGAAAAAAUGAAUCCUGUUUCCCUGUCUUAGCACCAGCACAAUAACUGUCGAUUGCGAAUGAGAAGAGAAGAAGAAUUCUGUGCGGAGGGAGCGAGCCAAGGUUAGGUAGUUCAGUCUCCGACAAGUGUGGCCGAGCAACCCCAGGUUUCAUCUUCCUCCUAAACUAGCCGCCUUCGCUUGACUCUUCUGAUGAGUUAGCAAGGGAACAAAAGUAAUGGAUGGGAAUAGCACUCGCGUCGUUGAAGUCCGGCCAGAAACAGGAGUUGUUCUCUUCGUCCACAGGUCUCUGAACUACUGUGUCGGUCAGAGGCCGACCCAGUAGGACCGCACGCCGCUUUUGUGUAUGGGCGAGGCGCUGGGGGAUGUCACACACCAUUCGUACCACACCUACCAAGGACGGCGGAGGGGAGGUCACCAGCAAAGCCGGGAGAGAGAGAGAUAGGGGCUGGGAGGGGCGUUCGAGAUGAACAAAUAUCACGAUAAUGGAUGAUACCUUGGCACCGCCGUGACAUCUCCAGAAGUGGACCUCCACGGGGCUCCCCGGCGCCACCGUCACAGGCGUCCGCAGCGGGAAGAAAAUGGGGAACCUGCGGCACUGCACCACCACCACCACCACCACACAAACAAGUAGGGUUAGCGAUGAUCGCCAUAACUGGCGGACGGGCAGACGGCAGCCUGGCCGGUGGGGUGGGAAGACAUGGACGUACCAGCUGAACACUUUUAGCGUUGCCGUACAGAUGACAAUAGAAUCAAACAAACUGGAGAAGCUGCUGGAGAAACUGGAGAAUCAAUCAAACAAACCGGAAGAGCAGCCCCAGUUUCUCCAGUUUGUUUGAUUCUGUUGUCAUCUGUACCCGUUUAAUAUAGGUCCAAUGAUGUGCCAUUUGUUGAUAGCUAAAAGGUACUAAAUUAUUCACUAGGAAUAACUUGUAAUCCUAAUGUUCACUUUGUGUUGACUUUUCAGAUUUUCAGACACGCAGACCCAUCAGGUUGCUCUUCGAAAAGAGAAACAGUCCGAGUUAUUCAGAACUGCACUUAAGCUUACACGAGACCAACAACCGGAACCUGAUAUUCCACAACAGAGGUCUCACGAGAAAGCAGAAGAGUUAGGGCGGGAAGACAGUGAUUAUGAAGAAGGCGAAUACGAAAGAGGCUUUAAGGGCAGUGGAAAACAACUUGCAAGAGAUGGUGAUGGGCUUUCUUGUAAAGAUAGAGAGAAUGAUCAAAGGAAAAAGGCACCGGCAGAAGAUCCUAUCAGAAAGAAAGUAAAGAGUACAGAAGCUGAGGUUGGCACCAAGAAGAAUGACGUUAAGAAAUCAACUCACCAGAAAAUGAAACAUGGGAAAAGCAGGGAAUACAGUGAUUCCGAUACUGAUAGUAGAAGGGGAAAAGGCAGAAAGAUGAAAAAGGGAAAUAGGAAAAAUUCUGACGAUGAUAUUUCAGACGAUGAUUCUGACAUUCUUACCAGUAAGAAAAUCAAAAGGAAAUAUGAUAGCGGUUCAUUAGAUUCUGGUGGUUCUUCUGAUGAUAAAAACAGAAAAAAAGAAACCAGAAACCAUGUCAAACUGCUGAGCUUACAUGAUUCUGAUUCAGACUCUGAGAGAGACAUAAGGGGUGCGAAACCAUCUGGGAAGCACAGGAAGAGGGCAAGGGCUGGUUCCGAUUCAGAUUCUGAACGAGGCACAAGGGUUAAAAAACCAUCUGAGAAGCACAGGAAGAGGGCAAGGGCUGGUUCCGAUUCAGAUUCUGAACGAGGCACAAGGGGUAAAAAGCCAUCUGAGAAGCACAGGAAGAAGGCAAGGGCUGGUUCCGAUUCAGAUUCUGAACGAGGUACAAGGGGUAAAAAACCAUCUGAUAAGCGCAGGAAAAGGCAAAGGGAUGACUCCAAUUCUGAUUCUGAACGAGACCCAAUGGGUGAGAAACAAUAUGGGAAGCAUAAGAGGAGGCACAUGCAUGACCCGGAGGAUUCUGAAUCGGAUUAUGAAAAGAAAAACAAGGAAAUGCUUGCUAGGAAACAUGCAGGGGAGCGUAAGAGGAGGCAAGGGCAUGACCCAGAGGAGUAUGUUUCUGAUGACGAAAAGAAUAAUAAUAAAGUUCUUCCUGGAAAACAUGUGGAGAAGCAGAGAAGCAGAAGAAGACAUGAUUCUGAUAUUUCGGAGAGCGACAAUGAUAAAAAAAUGAGAAGCAUGAAUUUACGAACCGAUAGAAAAACUAUUGGUCGAAAGAGUAAAGGAGAACGCCAUGAUUCUCAAGAGUCUCAUUCUGAUGGUGAUGAUGAGAAGAAAAGAAGAAAUAGUUUAGUAGUGGGGCGUAACGGACGCAGGGCAAUCAAGGAUAUUGAAGAACUUGAUGGUGAUGCAGGUGGAAACAGGAAAAUUUUCAAAAGCAGGGUUGCAGAAUUUGUGAAAACCAAAAGUUCGUCAACUGAAGAUAGCGGCAGUGAUAGCUCUUCCAGCGAAAGUUCCAGCGACUCUGAUAGGAGAAGUGAAUUUGAAGACAAAUAUAGCAGAAGGCAUAAGAGAGAAGAUGGGCCAAGAAAGGAAGCCUCUAGUGUUGUCAAAAAGCAUCAGAUUGAUUUAGUGGAGCGUAGAACUACCUCUGGGAGCAUUAGAAAGAACGGUCCUGAAAGGCAUGAUCGUAUCAAUAAUGACGACGAUCAGAGAGAUGGGACAAUGGAUGCUAUGAGGGGGAUAGAAAAAGCCGAAAGGUACGAGUCCAAGAGAGACUUCGAUGACGAUGAUUUUGUAACCCAAGAGCCAAGAAGGAGGAGAACACACGAUGAUGACCACGGGUUUGAUAAGCCAUCAAAUUUGAGGAGUGUGAUUGUUGAUGUAUCUGAGGGUAGGAAGCAAAAGGAGACCAGAGGUGAAGGUACCUCAGAACAGAGGGAGUAUGAGAGUAAGAGAAGGGAGGAUCGGGCCCACGGAGAUUACUCGAGAUCAAAUAUGGUUGACGAGAAAUUGGAGUUGGAAGAGCGUGGUGGUAAACAGGAGGUUGGGAGCGUGGAUCCUGACAGAGAUUCGCGAGGUGCUGAUCUUUCUAGACGUAGAAGAGUUAGUGAUCAUUCUCAGUACCAAAGAGCGGAGAGAUACGAGCCCUCCAAGGCAGAUGGUGAUGGAGAAAAUCCGAGCCACUCGCAACGCCGUAGGGAGGAGGUGUAUGAGCGCAGCCGUGGUGCGGAGAAAGAUUACGAUCGUGGGAACGUUAAUGCUUCCAGGGACCAGAGAAGAGAGAGGUAUCAAAGUGGUGAUGACUCUGACGGUGAUCGAUACAAAUAUCGGCGUUCUCAGAAUCCAAGGGAGGAAAGACGCGAGCACAGGGAUGAUCGCGAUCGUCGCAGGCAUUGA